GAAAUCAGAAACCCUAGGCGAGACCUUCCUCGAGUCGCUGCUCAACACGUGCCAGCAGUGGUACCACGACCGCGACAAGUUGCUGGGCGCGAUGGUGGGCGGCGGGCGGCCGCGGCUGAUGGCGUUCCUGUCGUUCCUGCUGGAGAUGUACUGCCAGCUGCGGCGCCGCGCCAUCCAGCGGCGCGGCGCCAGCGCGCAGCCCGGCCAGGUGUUGCUCACGCUCAUCUGCAAGUGCUGCGAGGACUGCAUCCGCCAGCCCGUGCCCUCUGCUAGCGAUACGGAGAACCUGUUCUUCGUGCUCACGUACAUCGGGCGCGACCUGGAGUCGCAGCUGCCGGGCGACCUGGAGCGCCUGCUGACGGGCGUGCGCGACGCCUUCCUCAACACGGCCGCCGCGCCCUCCAUCCGCCGCACGCUGCUCCAGCUGAUCGAGCUUCACGCCUCGCGCUGGCAGCUGCCCGGCUGCGCUGUGCUCUACUACUACCCCUCCUCCAAGUAGGUCACCUUACCUCCAUCGAAUGGACAAUGAAUGAUCUGCACACGUGUCUCCGUGCUAACGGUAAUAGCAGUCUGACGUUUAUUCUGCGGACACGAAGCAAUUGUGGAACUGCAUUAUGUGUGUUGUGCGUGUAACUUCAGCACUCCUGAAAUGUUUAACAUAACAUCCAAAUAAACCGUCCGUAUGUAUAUUUACAUUUCAAGCAAUAAGUUUCUAGUAAAUAGUUAUUAAUUUUUUGGGGCACUUUUAGGGCCUGUUCAUUCAAUAGUUUAAAAAGUUUUAUAUUCACACAAUACUAAAAAUAUAUUUAAACAAUAGUUAUAUAAACCUCUACUUGAUAGUAUGCGCUAUCAAAGUCUCAAGUUACGUUGCCAGCCCGACGGAGAGAGAUCUCGUGGUGAAUAAAUUAUAGUAUUUAAUCCAGCUAAACAAAGGUUACAAGCAUUUCUGAUCGAGUGUUUGAGUAUCUGUACUUCAAUAAUGUAGAUUAGUUUAUGUACAGGAGGUCAUUAGUGGUGUCGUCCCUUGUGCGUAUUUAGGCAAGCUGCCAUAAGCUCAUUUAAUUGUGCCUUUGAUGAUUUUAAGUAAUAAUUUACAGCCUCGGCACUUUCAAGUUUGUAUAAGUUUACGUAGAUUUGUUAGUCUAGUUAACUAACAUUUGACAAAAAAUAUAAAAAAAUACGUUACGCUAAAUAAUUCUUGAAAGUGUGAGAAUGUAAGUUUCAUGUUGAAAUAAGGUAUUAGAAAUUUAGCUUAAGGUGGAUCUAUUGUAGACGAGGGAUAUUAUGCCUUUAAAAGUAUUAAACAAGUACGUGUAUCAUAAGUAGUUUGGACAAAUGAACGAUGUACACUACUGUACGACCUUCGCAUAGUAUUUCGUGCAUUGUAAGCCUUUGUCGAUUAUGUUUAACUGUAGUUAUUUGCCAUCUUGAUAGGUAGCGCUGAAUAACGCUUGUCAUAUCGUUUGCCUAGGGUAUCAAUAUUUUAAUGUUUAGCUUUGUUUCAUAGUUUAACACUAAGCACAAUAAUAAUGUUAUAUUACUGCACUCUGGAUUUUAGUUUUUGUGUAAACACCAUUCAGUUUUAAGGAAAUUAAUGUAUUGCAGUACAUAAUAAAAGUAAUAAUUUAUCAUUUUAAUUUCAAUUAUGAUGCUUAUUUUCUUUAUCAAAGGUUUGACUGAAAUUUUAGCAAAACAGAACCGUAUCAAUGUUAAUGCUUGUGAUAUUAUGGUAAAUUUAAGUUAUUUAGUUUCUGAUAUCUUUUCUGUCCUAACCAAAGACUGUUCUGAUGUGGAGAUUUAAU